AUGCUGGCAGGUGUGGAUGGAGAGAGCCUGAUGCCGGAUGGCCAACCCCACAUGGAGGCUCAGGAUGCAGAGGAGGGCCCAGGACCUGAGAUCUUCAAAGCAAAGCUGAGAGACCCACUGCGGAGGCCCGAGGCCCAGCAGCAACCCAGCUCUCGGACAGGGCGCCAGUGCUCAGAGUGGUGCUGCUGUGCAGGGCUGGGAGCCCUGGCGCUGCUGGCUGGUGUGAGCGUCGGCUCCUGGCUUCUCGUGCUGUAUCUGUGGCCAGUGGCCUCUCAGCCCGCUGCCGGAACCUUGCAGGAUGAGGAGAUCCCUUUGAGCUGCUCCGAGGCCAGCGGUGAGGAAGCCCUACUCCCCAUGCUUCCCAGAGCAGUAUCUUUCAGAAUAAACACUGAGGACUUCUUGCUGGAAGUACAGGUGAGGGCACAGCCAGACUGGCUCCUGGUCUGCCACGAGGGCUGGAGCUCUGCCCUGGGGGUGCGGAUCUGCCAGAGCCUUGGGCAUCUCAGACUCACUCACCACAAGAGAGUGAACCUGUCUGACACCAAGCUCAACAGCUCCCGGGGGUUUGCUCAGCUCCCUCCCAGACUGGAAGGCCUCCUGGAGGAGGUGUGGCUGCCCAGGAACAGCUGUACUUCCGGCCAGAUUGUUUCCCUCAGAUGCUCUGAGUGUGGGGCCGGGCCCCUGGCCUCCCGGAUAGUCGGCGGGCAGGCCGUGGCUCCUGGGCGCUGGCCCUGGCAGGCCAGUGUGGCCCUGGGCUCCCGGCACACGUGCGGGGGCUCCGUGCUAGCCCCGCGCUGGGUGGUGACGGCCGCUCACUGUGUGCACAGUUUUAGGCUAUCCCGCCUGUCCAGCUGGCGGGUCCAUGUGGGGCUGGUCAGGCACAGUGCCGUCAGGCCCCACCAGGGGGCUAUGGUGGAGAGGAUCAUCCCUCACCCUCUCUACAGCACCCAGAAUCACGACUAUGACAUCGCCCUCCUGCAGCUCCGGACGCCGCUCAACUUCUCAGAUAACGUGGGUGCUGUGUGCCUGCCAGCCGAGAAGCAAGAUUUUCCAAGGGGCUCACGGUGCUGGGUGUCUGGCUGGGGCCACACCGACCCCAGACACACCCACAAGUCAGAUACGCUCCAGGACACGGUGGUGCCCCUGCUCAGCACCCAGCUCUGCAACAGCUCUUGCAUGUAUAGUGGGGCACUCACCCCCCGCAUGCUGUGUGCUGGCUACAUGGACGGGAGGGCUGAUGCGUGCCAGGGUGAUAGCGGGGGCCCCCUGGUGUGCCUGGACGUGGGCACCUGGCACUUGGUGGGGGUGGUCAGCUGGGGCCGUGGCUGUGCAGAGCCCAAUCACCCGGGCGUCUACGCCAAGGUUGCUGAGUUCCUGGACUGGAUCCAUGACACUGCAAGGAGACAUCUGCCCCACGGUGGAGAGCACCAUAGCGUGCUGCUGGGCCAGAUGUAA